AUGGUUCCUAAACAUCUUUUCCCUGCUCGUACCGGAGAAUCUUCUCCUUCAAUCACCCUAGAGAAAGGCGCCUAUCGAAUGCGAGCACCAGCUCACAGGCCUUUUGGCACCCAGCUGUUCACAAGUACUCCCAUUCCUCCAGUCACCACCCGUCAUCAACGACGAGCGGGUACAUCAAACGGUCGCUGGGUCGCCUUGAUCAUGCUCUUAGCCUGUGCAUCCAUCGUCAGCUUUGGCGUCGCGUAUCAUCUAUUUUUAACGAGGUGGGAUCUCCUUGGCCACAAUCGUUUUCGACACAACGCUGAUUCCAUUCAAGUCGUCGCAUUUAAUUCUUCUCUCCACCUACCAGACGCAAACGAGAAAUUUCUGGCAUAUCUUCCCCAUAGCGGAUUUCACAACCAACGCAUAGCGCUAGAGAAUGCCUUGACCCUAGCCUACAUGUUGAACCGAACACUCAUUGUCCCUCCAAUUCGCCUUGGCAGUCACCCGAUCCGUUAUUUUAUUUUUGAUACCCUGGCGCAGUUCCUUUCUCUCUCUGGGAAGGAAGGUUUGCGUCAUUGUGCUCGCCUCCCUCGCCAUGUCCCCAUACCGCCAGAAUGUGCCGAUUAUCUUGAUUACACUCAUAUACCCUGGGACUGGCUUGUCAAUCUUACUGACAUUCAGAAACACCAACGUCUGAUUCAUCGCUGGGACCUGACGAACGGUUGGAUCCAUGACCGUCUUGGAAUCUUGCAAAAUGAGACCCAUACGCUGAAGGACAACAGCGCAUAUCACUUUCGCUUCACAGACCGCCCUAUAAACGAUUCCAUGGUGGGCGACAAAUACAAAAAGAACAUUCAUAUCCGUGACCUAGCGCUGUAUCCGCAUAGGCUUCUUCAAUUCGGUUCACUCUUUGGUUCAACUCGGCUGCGACUAAUGGAUCCUGAGAAUGUUCAUGUACGUGGAAAGGUCCGGCAGAGCAUGACCUACGCCUCUCCGGAACUUGUUCAUGCGGCAACCCUCAUAGAGAGGAGUAUUCCUGGAACAUAUCUUGGUGCCCACAUUCGGCUUGGUGACGGUCCAUUUAGGAACCGACGACACGAAAAUACCCGGCUUCUGUGGUGGCACCUCGUUCAUGGGAUUCUCAACUACAGCACGGAGGAUACUCUUGCAUUAGAGUCCAUGUUUCUGUCACCCUCUGAUCCCGUUGGCAGGCUACAAAUUCCUCCUGAUUUCGCGAAGCAACAGAGAGUCUCACUACCCCCACCUUCUCCCAAUACUGCCUCCCGUUUUCCUUGCCGUGGUAUCCGACAUACGGCGUCGCGUCUUUUCGCUUUGAAUACACCGUUGUAUAUCGCAACUGAUUCUAACGAUCCCACCAACGAUCCAGCGUUGUCCCUACUUUUGCGCACAUUUCCCUGCACUUUCUUCUUGGAAGAUUUCCCAGAACAGACCGCUGUAUUGGAUUCACUGGUUAACGAAUACGAUGGUAUCAAGCUGAAGUCAUUCCUAUUAUCGUUUUUGGAUUCGAUGGUGGUGGCAAAGGCGUGGCAAGUGGUGGGGACCAACGGAAGCACUUUUAGUCAGUUUGUUCAGGAUGCCUUGUGGACCACAUAUCAUGGAUUAGACAUUGUUCAAAGAGGACGUUGA